UGCCAUCUAUCAUCUCAUUGACGCUCAGGGUUUUUCCUUUCAUACUCAUUGGUCCUCUUUUUCUCUCUCUCUCUCUUCCAAGAGAUCAACCACACUUCCCAUUGGAUCCCAAUGGCCACUGUUGAGGUUGUAUCAUCAACUACCGCAUUGCCAGAGAUUCAAGAUGCAAAAGAUGAAUUCAAUAAGACUGAUCAAGAGUCUAUCACCAAACAAGAAGAGAUAGCGGCGCCGCCUACAUCAGAAUCAGUAGUGGCAGAAGAACCCAAAGAAACAACCCCGGAUGCCCCAUCGGAGGAACCGGCCUCUCCAGAACCAGAAGUUGAAGCUCCUGCUGUUGCUGAGGAUGAAAAAGUGGUAGAAGAAGCAAAGGUUGAAACUGAAGAAGCAGUAGUAGAGAAUAAAGACGAAGAGACUCAGGAUGUGACACCAGUAGAGAAGACUGAAAAAGAGACUGAAGAAGUGACACCAGAGCCAGUAAUAGAGAAGACAGAGGAAGAAACUAAAGAGGUAGCACCAGAGCCAGUUGUGAAAGAGACACCGGAGACUACGGCUGCCUCAACAGAGGAGGCUCCAUCAGAAGAAGAGAAACCAGUGGAAGCAGAAAAAGAAGUUAGCGUGGACACUCCAGCUGAGAAGAGUGAGGAAUAGAUGAAUGUUAGCGAUGUCCCAAUUUUCUAAGUUUCGUGUGGCUUUAAGAUUUAGGAACAUGGGGAUUAUUAUGAGUGGGGUGGGCUUAGUUAAAAGGAAUAACCUAGUUGGGCCCUCGAAGGCCCAGCUUCUAUGUGGCAAACAUAUAGUAUGAAUUGGGGGAAGUUUUGUAUCUGAGACAUUCUCCAAAUCUUAGUUGGAGGGUGAGUAAUAAUUAAUUGUGCACCGUUAGAGUGGGUUUGUUGGUUCCAGGGGGAGGAGGGUUAGGUGAAUUUGUGUUCGUGCAUGUGAGUCGAUGCAAAGUGUUACCUAAUAAACAAUAAUAGUAAUAAAUCGUAUCAAUUAAUUGGAAUUCGGUUUGUUUGUA